UAAGGAAAAAUGAAAGUGAAACCAGUUUUUCACUUCUUGCUCAAAGGAUAAAUUGAGCUCUCUCUGCCACACAGGAAGCCAAAGUCUGGGCUGGAGACAGCAGCCGGCCCGGCUCAGGGAAGGAAUCUGCUUUGCCUUCUCUCUGGUUUCUCUCCAGCAAACUGAGAACAGGAGCCUGGCCUCAAGGAGACAGCCAUGGGCACAGCAGGGUCCACCCCUGAUGAGCCCCUGCUCAGAGGCAAAAGGAGGCAAGAUCUCCAAGAGAUGCUGACAGAAGUAGGACUGCCAGUUGAGUACUGGUUACCCAAGCUGCAGGAACACCUGGGUGUCACCUGUGCCCAGGCCUUACAGCACCUGGAAGAAAAAGACCUCCAGAAGCUGAAAUCCCAGGCACAACAUCCCUGGGAGAAAAGGGCCCUGGAGAAGCUGCUUGACCUGUCACACUCAAAUAGUCUUUCAGAGCUACAGGACUCUCAGGUGGAAAUGAUACAGAAAAAGCAGAAGCAGGCAGAGCAGGCACUGCAGGAGCUACGAGACUUGCUGUCUGAGGGGAGGCAGCGACAGGAAGAGGCAGUGAGGAAAAAAGAGGCAGAGCUGAGGGAGGCAAUGGACAUCCCCAAAGAGUACUGGCCACCCCCUGAAAAGUCCCUAAAAGAAGUCAUGGAAAACAUGCAGAGACAACUCAACCUCAUGGAAGGGAUCCUGUCUCAUAGGCAAAACCUGCCAGAUAGAGAUCUGGUGAGAUGGGCAUCUGGAGGGCUGGCCCUGCAGGGAAUUUACAAAACCAGCUACCAACAGGGCCUAAUAGAGAAGAGAGAGGAGCUACUCUGUGUCCCCAAGGAGUUCUCACUCUUUGGCCCUGAGCAGGGUCCACGGAUGGAAACAAAGGAAUUUACAUCUUCUCAAGCAGAAUCUAUGUUCACCCAGACUAUAGAGAAGCUGGGCUUCAGUGUAACUGCCUCAGCCAAGGCAGGAGGUUGGGGAUUUAGCCUGGAAGCUGGUAUGGAUCACAGCAAACAUACAGAAUCCAAGGAGACCCGACAAUCACGUUCUGAGCACUCUUACUUCUGCUCAACCAAGUUCAGCUGUCCGCUGGCCUCCUGCCACUUUCCCAUUGAUCAGCUCCAGUUCUCCAAGGCUGCUCUCCAGGAAUUGAAAUGCAUUGAAGACCUUCUGGGUCAAGCUGAAGGCCCAGACAGACUCUCCUUGCUGAGUGCAGGACGGAGCCUUCUUCCCAGGUUUGGCUCUCAGCUAACAGGGCCUCUGCACCUGGGAGGAAUCUACUGGUGGAAAGCCAUUUCAGAGGGUUUCCAAAGUGAGCAGCUGCAGAAGUGAAGCAGCAGUCGCAGAGGCCCUGGAUAGUUACAUAGGGGCAGCUACAGUGGCUUUGGAGUGAAAGUUGCUGCAGGUGAUGUGUCAGACUCUCAUUCAAAAGCAACCUCUGAAGCACAACCUUCAAAUCUCCAAACCAAAGUCCAAUUAUCUGUGGCCCAAGGUGGCCCACCAGAAGCAAAUGGCCUUUUGCAGUGGAGUGGCCUAGUUGCCAGUAAUCAAACCUGGUGUGUCAUUGACCGGGGAUUUCAGCUGGUGCUUUGGGACAUCAUUCUUUCCAGCCACAGAGGAUUUUAAGGACCUCUUCAGGUAGCUAAUGCCUGAAAGACACUAGCUGCUCUGACUGGUCCUGCCCAGAUCCAAGAUGGAGAAUAUUACUGAUGUUGGAAGGAGGCUAGAGUUUUCCUAGAGGAGGAAUCCUGGGAGGUAUCUGAUCCUGAAGAGCAGCUUAAAAUACUGAUAAAUUUCAUGCAAGUUGAGUCAAAAAAUAAAAAGUAUGACACUUGGAUUAAAUAUGCCUCAAGAUUGGGGCUUCAGAAUUUUCUGGUAAACCUUGUCAACUUUUACAAAAAGUCCUCUUCUAACACUACAUUUAUUAAAUCUCAGUUGCGCACCCUUCUGGACCCUCACAUCUACAGAGUGACAAACUUUCCUCAGGCUCAUUCCAUCAUGCAGUGGAUCUUCCAAUCAGAGUCAGAGCAAGAGCAUAUCAACAUCUCCCAAUUUUCAAUUAUUAAAAUCUUAAAAGAAACACAGAAGACUUCAGGAGUGAAGGCCAAAUCUGAGUCCCCAGAAACAGUGGAGGAAGCUCAAAGGAAAGCCACUUAUGAGGUCAGCUUGCAUCUUGGCUGCUUCUUGAAUCACCUCCAAGCAAGAGCAGCCAACACACAGCUCUUGCUACUUUCCAUUGCUGCUGGUGCAGGAUAUCAUGUGGAAAACAAUACUUUUCAUAUCUCUGGGUGUGAUGAGUUAGACUUCCUACUGGAUGAAAUGCAAACUGCCCAUGAUAAAUAUCAGGAGCUCAAAAGCAUUUGCAGCUACAGGGCUCAAGCAUUCCUGGUGCUCACAGGUCUGACAGCUACUGUGAGUCACAGCUUUUCUCCAGAGGAGAAAACACAACGCUUGGCUUUAAUUAGACCCAUGGGGCAAUCCCUGUCAAAAGAAGUUAAACAUGUCCUCACCAAACUUGGAGCAGAUCAUGACUGGGAAAACCUAGAGGAAGACUUGAGAUUGCUCAUUGAUGGGAAUUACGAAGCCACUGUCUCUUCGUUGAAAAUGGAUGAGGUGAGAAAACAAUUGCAAAGUCUCUUCCAUGAAAAGAAACAACCCCAGAAACACAAGAAUAAAAAUAACAAUAGAGUCAUUGAAAAGAGCCUUCCUAGAAUUACUCAGCGUCUAGGCCUAGAACAUUACUACAAAAAGGAUGAGCAAAGCUAACUUCAUCUGAUCUACAAGACUUCUGUGUCAAACCCAGCCAGCUCUGAACGUGAGCUUCCUUUCUAUUUCCUGCAGAAGCUAGUGAUGCUGGAUUAUGGGCUGAGAUACCUGGUUAAAGAUGAUGCAAUCACAGAGAAUCAAGUUUCAACAGCCUCAAAUCAGGAAGAUGAGGCUUCUGAUCCAUAUGAAGACUUUUUUGAAGAUCUGAUAUCCACUAAUCCUACCACUAAUCCCAGGCCACAUAUCCACCCUAUGGAUAUUCAGAUGGCAAUUCUUCUCUGUGCAGAUGGUUUUGCCAGACAAUAUAUUUUGACCAAACUUUCUGUUUGUCAGUUUGCUCCCCUUCUCAUACCUAAUCCCUGCAAUUCUCAGAUUGAAUUUCUCUGGUCUCUGAGUCAAAAGAGAAGCUGGCAGCAGGCAAAGAAAUCACCAAAAGAGGAGAAAACCAAUUACAACAAUCAGCAGAUGUGUCGUGUCUCUACCCCCAUUGUGUCGUUUAUUAGAGUUGGAGAUGGCUUCUCUGCUUCCAAAUCUCAGAUCAUGAACUGUCUUCUCAGUAAACGUAAACAUGACGCCUUUUUUCACCGACAUGCAGAGAGCAGCAAAGACUGUCUCUUGAUGGAGGGUGUGGUGGAAGUCUGGUUCUGUCCGGGGGAGGGAGACAGAUUUGACAACUGCUUGACCUACAAUCUUCACGGAGAUGCAAAGAAACAUAAGAAGCAACUCACCUUCCUGCAGGAGGUCUCUUCUCUCAUUGUGGUCCUCAUGUCAAUCUGAUGACAAUAAAGAAAACCAAAAGUUGUCCGUGACCUGUGGCAGUCAUCAAAACCUUUGAUCUGUUUGCUUGAUGACAAAGAAAGAACCAUGGCCAAUAUUCUGCCAAAGAGUAAAAAUUGGGUCCGGAACAGAAAUGAGGCAGAAUUAACACAGGAGCUCACAACUCAUCAGACGUUUUCUAGAGCUUCUGGAGCUGCUCUCAGCUUAGAGGACUGUGCCCAGAUUGCUCGCAAGCAAGGAUUCCUGAUCGAUGAGGACCAGAGAGAUUGCAAGGAAGCCAAAGAAAAGGCAGAGGUUCUAAUGGCCUUGUUAAGAGAAACGAAGAUAUCCCAGAUGAAGGAAAAAUUACUACCCCUUCAAGGAGAACUGUGGCACCGUUGGUGUAAAAAGGACAAAGAAUUCUACCAUCUGAGAGAAAAGGGGAAUCGAGCUCGAAAACACAAGAGUAGAUUGAGAGAUAAACAAAUUAUACGGCAUCAACAGUGAAUAGAGCCUUUCCUCUCAAUGUUUAAUGCAUCUGUCCUUCAGAUUCUCAAAAACUUUCAGAAACUGACACAAACUCUACUUCUUGCAAUGGCUGAGUGUUUUUUGGACAACCUGACCAAGGCACUUGGAAAAACUGAAUGAAAAGAAAAGUCUUUGUACAAACAGGUACAAACCGAAAAGCAAAAGGCACCAAAGAGCAACAACCUGAAAAGUGGCAAAAUGAGUAGAAGUCUCUCUGCAGAGAUUACUAACUGUACCUUGGGAAUUGAGCAGCUUCUCAGAGAAGUUGGCCAGAUCUAUGAAGCUCUGAGAAGCUUCCUCCGCCAAGAUAGCCUUUCUUCCCUUCCCCAGAUUGCUGCAGAGCUGAUGAUAGCCGGUGUUCAUGAGCUGAUGGAUGGGGAUGCUUCCUAUGUGCCUCUAAAGUGGGUGGCAGCUGUUUUUGACAUGGUCGCAGAGAAACUUGGAGACAAACGGCUCUUCGUUCUCUCUGUCCUGGGCCUGCAGAGCUCAGGAAAGUCCACCCUGCUGAAUGCCCUUUUUGGGCUGCAGUUCACUGUCAGUGCUGGGAGGUGUACUCGGGGGGCCUACAUGCAGCUCCUGAAGGUGGAAGAGACAUUCACGGAGGAACUCGGCUUUGACUUUAUGCUUAUUGUGGACACAGAAGGACUUCGGGCCCCAGAACUCAGCAAUAAUCCCAGAAUCGUGACAAAUGAGUUGGCAUCCUUUGUCAUUGGACUUGGAAAUUUGACUCUGAUCAAUAUUUUUGGGGAAAAUCCAUCAGAAAUGCAAGAUAUUCUACAAAUAGCUGUCCAAGCCUUUAUGAGGAUGAAACAAGUAAAAAUCUCCCCAAGUUGCCUCUUUAUCCAUCAGAAUGUGGGGGAAGUUACAGCUAAAGACCAAACAAUGGAAGGACGAAGGCGGCUAGAGCAGAAACUAGAUGAAAUGACAGCAACAGCGGCUGAACAAGAACAGUGCUCAGAUAUAACCCACUUUAGUGAUGUCAUCAAGUUUGAUGCCAAUACUCAUGUCUACUACUUUGCUCAUCUCUGGGAUGGCAAUCCCCCGAUGGCCCCGCCCAAUCCUCGCUACAGCCACAAUGUCCAGGAACUGAAAAGUAGAAUUCUUGAGACUGCCAAAGAGGAAUCUAGGGGAAGUAUCAUGAAAGUAUCAGAUGUACAAUUCCGAGUUAAAGAUUUGUGGAGAGCCCUGUUGAAUGAGAACUUUAUUUUCAGCUUCAGGAACACCCGAGAAGUCAUGGCCAUGAGCAAAUUGGAAACCAUGUAUAACAACUGGACCUGGGAGCUGAGGAGUCAUGUGCUGAGCUUGCAGAACAAGCUGGUAAACCAGAUUCAGAAUGGAAAAAUCCAGACAUUCAGGACAAGCACAUUCGAGGCUUCAGUUACAGAAAAAUAUGAGGCCAUCAAGCAAGAAUUGGAGAAAUAUUUUAAUGAGGACCCAGAUAGUGAAAUACUGGUUCAGUGGAAAGCAAAUUUUGAACAUAAGCUAAUAAUCCUGAAAGAGGCACUUAUUUCAGACAGCCAAAGAAUAGCCAAUGAACUUAUUAGUUUUAAAAAAAGUCAAGAAGAACUAGAUAACCAAAAGUCAGGUUAUGAAAGAGAAUUAUUAGAAAGAAGCCAAAAGUUGGCUUUAACAGUGAAGGACAAACAACUGAGUGAGGAAGAGCUACGUGAGAAAUUCGAUCGACUUUGGAAAAAAUGGGUCUAUGCUGUGUCCUCAACGCUCCCUCCAAUCACAAAGCCUGACAUAGAUGUGGAUUCUGAAGACAUCCUUUUGAAUCAUUUCAAACAGGAGAAAAACAUGGGGAACAUACUAAAGAGAAGUUCUGGAGAAAAGUUUCAAAUCACCUAUGACAAACAUGUCAAAAUGACCAAGAAAUACUGGGUGGUUGAAAGGCAAUUAGAGGUCUCUGAUAAAGAAUCCAUAAAGAUGACUACUGACCGCAUUCUUUCAAGAUUCACUGAAACCAUAAAUAACAUUCAGAAGCAACAGCGUGAUUACAACCCUAGUUACUUCCAUGAAAUCCUGAGAAUAAUAGAUGAGGAGGUGAAAUCUGCGCCCACUAGGGAAAGAUACACAUUUACGAGUGAUUAUAAAAUUGACUUAUCUUUGCAUUUAUUCCAAAGAGCAUCAAAGAAAUUUAAUGAGAUGCAUGAGGUAUUCAAGAGAGCAAAUGAUCCUGUAAACUAUCUGCAAAGCAAAAAAGAUGAUUUCUUCAUGAGUUUUAAGAUCUCUUGUCAAGGAGCAACCUCAAUCAAAACAUUUGUUGAUUUUCUGUGGGAAAAACUCACUCCUGCUAUUUCCAUCACCAUAAGGAAAAAAAUGGUCCCUAGCAUUGCUGGGGACAUACGAGCUACGUGCCCAGCAUUCAAUGGAAACAGGGCUAAGCUGGAAAAACACAUUCUCAUCUCUCUGGCAGAGGAAGAAAAUUUUGAUAAUUACUGGCAAUAUAUUCAUAAUCCAGAAUUAUUUUUUAGGAAUUACAUUAAAAGCCAUAUUGAAAGAUAUUGCUCAGACAUUGGAAGGGAAAAAAUGAAGACUUUCUUAAAUAUAUGUUUAGGUGACAUCAAGAAUGCCAUCCUCUCAGCUAUUCAUGAAUCCACAGCAAUAGCUAAAGAUAAAAGCAGCACUGUGUCUGAGUGGUUGGAUUUGUUCUGUGAGGGCCUGGGGAGUAACUUGAUCUUUCCACGAAAAGAUUUAAUAAGCAUUGAACACCAGGAGAUAAAAGAUACUGAGUUUCUCAAACAAGCCAUGAGCACAGCUUUGGAUCCCACAAUGAAGAGAGCUGAACAGAAAUAUUUGAGCAUGUCUGUAGAAGAAAUGGCUCUUGAAAUCCAGAAAAUGCUCUCUGAACAUCUCUGUGGCUGCUGGAAACAGUGUCCCUUCUGCAGAGCAAUUUGUACAAACACAUUGCCUGCACAUGACGGAGACCACAGUGUUCCCUUCCAUCGUCCUCAGGCUGUCAAUGGGGGGAAAUGGGUUAACACAGACCACUUUGCCAUUGAGUUCUGUACUAGUAAUGUAGCAAGUGAUCUUCUUUUCGUUUUGCAAGAUGGCCGGGAAUACCCAUAUAAGAACUAUCGAGAGGCAGGAGGGGAGUAUGCCACAUGGAGCAUCACCCCAGACUCAUCCACCCAGCCAUACUGGAAAUGGUUUGUCUGUCGCUUCAUAUCAAAACUAGAAGAAAGCUAUCAGCGAAAAUUUAGAGGUAGAGGUGAAAUCCCUGAUGCAUGGACCAAAAUCACAAAGCAGAAUGCGCUUGAUGACCUGAAAAAACAAUAAUAUUUAAUGACCAAAAAGCCCCAAUAUCUGAAGAAAAAAGUCACAGAACCUGAACAAGCCUGAAAGACCCGCUCCUCACAAUGAGAAUCCUCAUUAUUUCCAUUUUUCAAAUGUCACAUCUAACAAUAGAUCUUUAACAUUUCAAGAGUUGAAAAUUUCCUGUGAAAGGGUUUCAUUUUUCUUUGCCUCAACUCCUUCUGGUUUAAAAACAAAUUACUAAAAACAUAUGAACAUAUAAUAAAAUUACAUAGGAUCUACUUAAAAGAACGACUUCAUAUUUUAAACUAUCAUUAGGAAUGUUGUCUUGACUUUGAAAUAUUUAAUGUUAUAUAAGUGUCGGAGAAAGUCAUUUUUAUAGAGGGAAAUCAAAAACCAUUUCAGACUGCUACAAAUUUAUAUAUGGACAUUUUGACCAAUAUACAGUUCUUCGCCGCAAGGCAUAAAUUGUCCUUACUUUGUAAGUGCAUUUUUCACCCCCUGAAAUUGUGCAGAAAAGUUACUACCCCUUGAGUGGAAAAACACUCAGGGAAAGUUCAUGAUUCCCAAGCAGCGUAAUACUUAGGCAUACUCCAUUCUGGGAAACCAUAAAAGAGAGAGUUGGCCAGGAUAGAGUCUGCGUCAGUUCAGGAAACAUCAAGCAAAUAUGGGAAAUACAAAUCAAAAACUGUUUUUCUCAUGUCACCACUACUCUCUUCUACCCUGGCCUCUUGGCAGUUCCCUGUGCAUGUUUAAAAAAGAAAAAAAGGGUUCACAAGAGCUUAGGUAUCCAAAGCCUAGUGCUGUGCACAAGUCUGAGAAGGAGUGGCUUUUGGAGCAAGAUUUGGGACUAGGUAAGAAGGGCCAUUUUAAUCAAGGCUGUGGGCAAAGUCAAAUGUGAUGAACUCAUUGAUGAUUACAAAAACUAUUACUCCAAGAAUAAAACAUCAUAACAUAUAUACUUUUUAGGAUCUGAUAUUUUAAUAAUAGAUUCUAUUUUAUGUAGUCCAAUGUAAGGAAAUGCUUAUCAGGCACCCUUGGGAAUUUUCAUACUAUUUGAGCCAUAGGGCCAUGAUCUGAAUGAAAAUCAAGAACACUCUGAAGCCAGCCAAGGAGCUCAGAGGGGAACGAAAGCAUUGUUCUGCAAACCUCUACCUUCCGAAACAACAACUUCUGCUGGUUCUCACAGCUGAUAAGCUAGAGAAAUUCUGACACAAAGAAGAAAAGUUCCUCAUUUGGGACGUAAGGGCAUCCAUUGGCUUUCAUUUACAGGCACACUCACUACCCCUCCACAGCCUGUGAAACAGACAGUCCAGGGAACAGCAGGCCAAGGAUUUGCAUCUUCAGAGCUGGAGAUAGGAGUGCUGACUCUGCUGGCUUUGUCUCCUCUAAGGGCUUCAAGCAUACUCUCAGUUUCAGGUCAAAUUACCCAGGCCUCUAGGAGAAAUCCUGAAACAGAAAAGUUAUGAAGGAAACUGGUGUUCUUGAACUGUUUUCCUUUUGUUCUCUGGAAAACACUCUCGUUGAGAACUGGAAGGACCUCCUAACAUGAUAAGUUCAAAUGGAAAUAGAACCCCUGCAUAGCAUGGCGCCUGUCUCUCACAUCACUGUGGCCUUGAAAACUGCAUUGUUCACUUAACCUGUGCUAAAUGCUUUUUGUAUUUGUUUAAUGAAUCCAUAAUGGCCUUUAACUAAGAGGUAUCAAAUAUAUCAUAUAUUAACUUUUAUUUUAAAGCCAAAAUUAUUGUGUCAAUAAAAAAUAUCUUUGAUAAAUUC